CACAGAGAGUUGUGUAGAGUUGUGUGGAGGCCGCAGGCGGCUCAGCUCAGCUCCACACCUUCAGACAGAAAACCACGAAGAACUCACAUCAAAAAAGCCAAACCUCAGCCUGCGGUCGAUGUUGCUAAACUCCUGGAACAGCUGUUCUCUCAAAGGAGGCCAGGCACAGCGCCCCCAGGUGCUGGUAAAGCCUCAACCAUCUCCUCAGCAAAUGUCUCCACCUCAGAUGUUCCUCAUUUGUCAAAAAAAAAUCCAUCAGUUUCUGUUGUUCCUGCUUCGUCUACAACAACAUCUUCUUUAAACCCUGCAGCACUUUCCCCUCAGCAAACAGCAGCAUCUUCCACACAGACGCCUCAGCGUCCUCCUCCUGGCUUCAUCCAGGACUUCACUGCUGAUGCUGUUUCUACAACCUCAGCUCCUCCAACGUCUGGAUCUGCAGCGGCUUCAGCAGAAUGCCAAACUUCAGCCCAAACAAUAGAAACCAAAGUAGAAACUGCAACUGAACCAUCAACAGAGUCGACUCAUCCUCUUGUAGAAGCUUUAGAAACUCAGGCUUCAGUUGUUGAAGGUCCAGUAGAGCCUCCGACAGACGUCACAGUAGAUACAGCUCCAAAAAUACAAGUGAUGAGCAAAGAUUCAGGAGACGAGGGCACCACAUACACUACCGUAGUAGAGUCCUCGGGAGAAACUGCAGUAAAGACUAGUAUUAAUCCUGUGGAGGCAGUAGAAACUCCAGUAGAGCUUCUGACAGACGUCACAGUAGAAACAGCAGCUGCAGAAGAACAAACCAAAGCCACAGAUUCAGGACAGGUGGGCAUCUUGUUCACAGCAGAACCCUCAGUAGAAACUACAACAGGAACAUCAGCAGACACAAGCACCGCUCCUCAGGAAACGUCAGAGAGAGUAGCAGCUCCUGAAGGUUCAGCAGAAUCUAUGAUAGACGUCACAUUGAUAGAAACUACAAUAGAUUCACCAGUAGAGGUCAGACUUCCCCCAGUAGAAACAGAGGAAACUACAGCGUCUGUUGCAGGAUCAGUGGAUGAAAGAGGAGAAGUCACGAGCGUGGAGCUGGAAGUCAUCAACGUCUCCUACACGACAACAGCAGAACCUUCAUUAGAAACUACAGGAGACGCCACUCCUGCCCCUGUGGUUACACCUGAAACUACAAUAGAAGCUAAAGCAGCUCAGACAGAAGAAAACAUCACUGACUCUGGAGCAGUCAACGUCCCACACUCUGCAACACUAUUCCCUUCAUUAGAAAGUACAGAAGAACCACCAGUGGAGUCCGUGACCUCUGCUCUAGAGGGUGAAGCUGCCGUUCUUGAACGUACAGUAGAAAUUGACCAAAAUGCACAGGAACCUGCAGUUGUAGCUUUAAAAACCAAAGUAGAGUCGACGGUAGAAUCCUCCUCAGGGAAAGUCUCUGUCGAAGAGGAGGAGAGCGAAGCUGAACAGAUGACUUUAGAGUCUGUGACGCUGCAUUCAGUGAAAACCUCGGUGGACUCUCUGAAAGCAGACGAGCUCCUCCAAACAAAGUUUACCCUCGAUGAGAAGAUAGAGGAACGACUGCAGGAGUUGUUGGUCGGUGGAGACCACGAAGCUGCGGCCAAAGCUGAGAACUCAGGUGAGGACGAGGGGGAAGUUUUGUCUCGAGUUCUUUCACAGUGGAGCUCUCUGCCUGACGACCUUCAACAGCUGGAGGGAGAAACCGCCACUUUGAUGACAGAGCUUGUCUGUCGAAUUCCUGCGGCGCCUCCUGAAACUGAUGAAGCGAUAAAAACGAGUUCAGCCUCUGAUCAAACUCCGGGAGCUGAUGUUGCGUGUGUGGAGGGAGAGGAGGUUGAAGAAGAAGCCAUGACACUUGAAUCCAUAACUUUAUCUGAGGUGGAGGCUGAAGUCGAAAGUCUCGUAACUGAAGCCCUGCAAGAAACAAGUGAUGCGCUUGAGAAAGAAGCUGAUGCUCUGGCCAAAGAGGAGAAGAUGGAGGAGAAGAUGGAGGUGAAGAUGGCGACAGGGGACGUUGUUUAUAGUGACGCAGCAGAGGCUGAAAUUAUAAUGUUCGAUUCCAUCUCUGAAGCAGCUGAUGUGAUAGAAGCUGAGAUUCCUUCUAUGAUGGAAGCCAUGUUUUUCUCUGAGCAAGAGCAGAGGCCGGAGUCUCUGCUUCCGUCGCUGCUGCAGAAUGAAAUGAUUGUUACUCAGGAAGCAGAAAAAGAAUCAGCUCAGCAGGAGGGAAGAGUCGUGGAGGCCAUGUCUCUAGAGUUUGUGACGUUGGCUGAAGUCGAGGCCUCUCUGGGAACUCUGCAGCACGAGUCCCUGAGUGAAACCGCCGUGUAUCUGGAGAAUGAAGCUGAAGUUCUCGCUGGGGAGACGAGGACGGAGGUGGAGGAAGGAGCGAAGUCUGAGGAGAUCACUGAGGCUCUGGACAUCGAGUCUCUGUCUCUGGCUGAAGAUCUGCAGACUGAUGCACUGAUGGAGGAGCUGCUGUUUACUGUUCCUGUCACAGCAGCAGGAGCUUCAGAAGCUCAGGUCGACCAGGAGGUUGUAGGAGCGAAUACUUCAGACGAGUUGGAUCCAGUCCAGAGACUUUUCCUGGAGAAGAUCAGAGAAUACAACAACCUGCGCAGGUCGAGUGGAGGACCAGUGGCGGUGGACUCUGAUUAUGAGCGUCACCUGUCAGAGGAGACGGCAAAGCUCCAGAGACUUCAUGGAGGAGGAGACCUGAGCAGCUUCCCUCAGUUCACCUUCACCGAGCCCGAAAUGGACCAGGACCCAAAAUGAUUCAUGAAUUUCUACUUCCUGCUGUUCAUCCUCCUCUGCUUUGAAUUGACCUGAAGAAAUGGAGAAGAGGAAUGAAGUGUUUUAUUUUAUUAAAGCAGAACUUUCA